GUUUAGCGGGGAAAGAAGAACUUAGCAACUGGUAAGAUAUACAUGUAUCGUAACCGAAUUCCGUGUCUUCGUUAUUUCUGUAAAGAUCACGAUUGCACUAGGUGUGAUGAUCGAUAAUUUUUGCUGUGAAAUUUGUAGGUGCUCUUGUGGAAAAUGCUCUACAGCCUUCCUACAGAAUGCGAACGAGUUCUACUGUUGUAAAGACAUGGAAAAAUGCAGCGGUGCUCUUUCCGACGAGUGGGUGCUCGAGGAAAUGCAGACGCCACCGAACUGCAUAACACUUCAUCCAGCAUUUCAAACUGUUUGUUUGGAUAGAUGGUCACUCAGGCUAUCCGCCGGAAAAUACAGAACAAUAGAUGGGAGAAGUUAUCGACAAACCGGUUCGGAAGAAAAGUUCAUGAGAAGUGUUGCUUACAGAGAAUUUAUACAUCUGGUUUAUGAUCGUGUUGGAAAGAACAAAAUACCACUUCCUACAUGUGCCUAUCAUGCAAUAAGAAGCAAGUUUCAACCUAAAGACAGCGAUGAAUGUUUUGUUGAGUUUGAAGAUGAGGUUGAGGAAAUGGAUGAUUAAAUUAGAAAAUUUCUACAACAUAAAAAUAUAAAUAUCAUGUAAUGGUAUUUCUUCUGUUUUUUGGACAGUCGAGAACAAAUUUGUGGUUCUUCAUCGGGUUUUUGCAUAGUCGGCAACGUCUGGGUUGCUUCUCUGCUGGUACAGGUCUGUUGACUGGGACAGCCUCACCCACUGAAACAUAAAAAAGUCAAACUUMUUUAGAGCAAAUAAAAAAUAUCUUCAGUAAUA